AAUCGCAAAUGUGAAUUAGAUUUCAAACGUUUAUUGAAAAACACGAAAAUAAAUUUAUUUUGUUAUAAAUAAAUACGAAACAUUAAGGAAAGCAGCAGCUGUUUCAUCAUUACAACUCAAUGAAGAAAAAAUAGUCUAAGGCAAUUUUGUUUUUAGAACUAUUCUGCUUGGAAAGAAGAUAUUUUUUGUAAAGUUUGAUGCACAUUUUGUAAAUUAUUUACAGUAAACGUUAUCAUGGAUUUUACACCUGAGCUAAGCGCUUUUCAGGGAUCUAUUGUGUCUUUAGAUAGCUCUUGCGCCUUUUCAAGAAUUACUGGCAGAGGAGGGAAUGAAAAGAAAAUUGAAGCAGUUAUAAAAAGCUUACAGGAUUUUAUGAAUGAAAAAGGAUUAAACAAUUUCAACUUGGAUAAUAAAAUCAAUGACACAGUGAGAAAAUUUUCCCUCUAUAUUGUGCUUAAUGCAGAUUUGGUUAUCUUACAAGAACUAGUGGAAUUAGAUGAGAUAGGAUCUGUAAUAUGGACUGUGCCAACAAUUCCAGCGUGUUUACUCAGUGAAAUACUGUGGAAACUUAAUAUGGAUAAUUUUAUUUAUGAAAUUAUUGUAUUUUCAUAUCCACAGCUUUCAUUAGAAGUGUCAGAUAUACUAAUUGAAAAUUUCAAAUAUUUUCAUCCAAGGCAGUGUUUCAAUCAACUUAAAACACUUGUUACAGCCUGUUACAGGUUUAUUUGUAGGUUGUUGUUUUUCAAAUUAAAAAAUCAAGAAUUAACACAAGCUGUUAAUAAUUUUCACACAUGUCUAAAAUAUUUUUAUGAACCUCCAAAUGCCAUGAAACUUGAAAUGUUAAAGAGAGAUGAAAAAUAUAAGUAUGUUGGAGAUAAUCUGCAUACAAUGCUCUUGGUGCUAAGUGAAUGUUUUAACCAAUAUACUCAAACUCAGAAGUUAAAACCACCUGAUAUGCAUGAGAUUUAUGAGUUAACUUAUUUGGAAGGAUGCCAUAAUGACACUUGCAAUGAAGUGAAUUUAGAAACAUGUUCAAAUAAAGAUAUAAAAGAAUCAAUAGAUAAUUGCAAUGUAAUGUUGCUUGAUACAUCUAAAGAACUUGUUAUGGAAGUAAGUGUUGAAAUUUACUGCGCCUGGAGUGAAUUUGAGGACAAAAAUAAAAGUAUGCAACAAACCAUCGGUGAACUAUGUUACACUGUAAAAAAUACAUUAAUAAAUAUCAAUUCUAUUUGUGAGCAUCCUGUUAUUAAUAUGAUGGAACAGAUAUGUUUUAAACCAAUUGAAUGUGUAGAUGUUAUCAAUGAUCUCAAUAGUGAUGCCAUUGUUCAGAAUAUUACAAAUAGUGAAGAAAAGGAUAAGUGGAUUAAAGCGUUAUUGCAUAGAGAUAAUAUUUUUGAUGAUAUAAUACUUGUAGAACAAAUUAGUUUCAAUCUAACAGCAUUCAAUAAUGAGGACUGCUGUGAUUUGUUUAAAAGAUGCAAAGAAUAUUUAAGAACAAAUUCUAAUGCUGAAUAUAUACAAACACUCUUAAUUAAAGUGUUUCAACAUUGUAGUGUUGAAGACAAAAUGAAUAUUGUAAAGGAACAUUUUAAUGAUACAGUAUUCAAUGAUGACUUAAUGACAUCACAAUUUAAUAACAUGUUAACAGAAACCUUCAAUAAGCUAACUACAUCAAAAGAUGCUGAUUUAUCAGAUGCAUUGACAAUAUUCUUACAAAGUCCUAGGAAUGUGUACAAUAAAAUAUUCAAUUUAGCAUGUGAAAAUGCCCACCAAACAGAAAUAAUGGUAAGAGUUAUGAAAUUUUUAGGAUCAUUUUCAAAUUACUAUUACAGUGAAGAAAUUGAUUCUUGCGUUAUAACAGUCACAAAAAAGAUGAUGCAAGAUGAUUUUGAAUUUGAGAAAGUACAAAACUUUAUAAAGUUUUUGUGGCAAAUUAAAAAUUGUAAUAUUAUACCAGGGAAAAAAUUAUUUCUUUUAGUUGUCAUGCCUAAUCUUCACUCUGGAAUUGUUAGUAAGAAUAUAAUACAGAUACAUAUGCAAUGUAAACUGCUUGUUGAUGCAUUUUCUUUGGAUGAAAUUGUUGAAUAUAAGACGCCCAUGUUAGCAAUGUUAGCUCAAGUUUUAGAUGCAGUCAGGUGGAAAAUUACAACAUUUACCACUUUGGCACCAUCUACUCUGGAGUUGGCACUACAGCUCCUACUGUCAAUAUUAGAUAGCUAUUCGCAAGAUUUACCUGAUAAUGAGAAGGCAUGGUUGAAAAUGAAAUUAAAAAAUAUAAAUCCAUUGAAUAUGUAUUACUACAGACAUUUAUGGAACCCCCCCGGUGAUACAUUUCUGGAAAUAGUUAUGGGUGUGCACAUACAUAAAGAUAUGGAUGUUGAGCUACUAACAACUAGACUUUCACAGGUAUUACCAUCCACUACACUGCAAGAAUGGCACCAAAUAUGGGAUAAUUUGAAUAUAUUUUCUAAAAAGCAAAUAUUCAAUAUUUACCAUGACUCUUUAUUGCUUAUUGCAAUGGCAGAGAGAAAUUAUCACACUCCAACAACAUGGGCAGGCAUUAUGUAUUGCUUUAAAAACUUUGUCCUCAUAACAAAGUCUAUGUUUUUAAUCGAACCUUUAGAGGAACAACAAGUAUUUGAUGUCAUGCAAAAGUUCAUAUUACUAGAAAAUUUUGUCCAGGAGGAGAAUUUAGAAUCAUUUUGUAAUCUGGUUGUGCCUCUUUUUGCUAAUAUGGCGGAAAAACAAUUAAGUAGUAUAAAUAUGUGGAAGUCCACGUGUGAAAAAGUUAAAAAUAAAAUAUUUUUAGAAAAGAUUACAUUAUUCUUCAAAAACUGUGAAAAGCCAGGGGAACAUUUCAUUUUAAAAUAAACUGAUAUCACUUU